AUAAAAAAAAAAAAAAAAACCAACAGCAGCAACAGCAGCAAAUUUUUUUCGAUAAAAAAAAAAAGAGUGUGCAUAAAUAAUUUGAUAAAAAAAAUUUUAACAAAUAAAAAAUAGCAAUAAACAUUUAAAUAUAAUUAAUACAACAAAUGAUUAUGGAAAUAAUUGUAUAAUAACAAUUAUAAAGUGAUAUACUUAAAUAAUUACGUCGAUAAUGUCGGCUAGAAAACUUGGGAUAACCCAUCAGCUAUCAAAACGUACAAGUAAUGUGGCAACGUAGGAUGGCCGAUAUGGCUGUUUGACGAAUACUAAUUACUGUACCAAAAUUUAUUAAUAUUAUUUUUUUUAUAAUUACACUAUAAUUAUUAUAAAUUAUAUUUACAAAAAAACAACGCCAUUUUUCGUUGACCAAGUGUUUUUUUUUUUUUUUUUUUUUUUAUUAUUUUUUAUAUUUAUUUUUUUAUGAUGAAAAUAUAAUUUUAUUUUUCUUAUAAAAAAUACAUAUUUUACUUUUUAAACAACACUUUUCUUUUAUAAUUAUAUAAUAAUAAUUAAUUUGUAAAUUAUUUAUCAUGGUAAAAGAAAAGCCAAAUUCAACACGAAUCUAUGAUUCGGAAGGUUAUAGACGUAGAGCAGCAUGUAUAUGCGUUAGAAGUGAUCUUGAAGAUGAGGUUCUACUUGUAACAUCAAGUAGACGACCAGAUAGCUGGAUUGUUCCUGGUGGUGGUGUUGAACCAGAUGAAGAUCCAGCUGUAACUGCACUCAGAGAAGUACGUGAAGAAGCUGGUGUUUUAGGAAGACUUGGUAGAUGUCUUGGAAUAUUUGAGAAUAGUGAACAUAAACAUCGUACUGAAGUAUGGGUUAUGCAUGUUGAUGAAGAAUUACCAGAGUGGGAAGAUUCACGUACAAUUGGACGUAAAAGAAAAUGGUUUACAAUAUCUGAAGCAUUGGUACAACUUGCUCAACAUAAACCAGUUCAACGCUCGUAUAUACACAGUUUAAAAAAUACAAAUCAAUUACGUGCAACAACUAAUUCUUCAUCACUACAUCAAAUGCCAACAACACCAAUACAAAUUGUUACAAAUUCAUCAUCUGAUACUCAUAUUACCAAAAACAGCUAAUAUUUAAGCUUAAAAUUAAUUUUUUUCAUAAUUAUCUUGAUUUUUUUUUCCCUUUUUUUUUCUUUCUUUAUUUUUUUCAACUAAAAUUAUUAAUUUUUUUUCUUUUCCUCAAUAUUAUUAAUGUUUUAAUCUUAUCAUUCAACUGUUAUCAACUAUUUUUUUUUCUUUUUUUUUUUUAAAAGCUACUACGUCAGUGUUGACAACGAUAAUUAAC